AUGUACGGCUUCAACGUCACCAUGGAGACCUUCCCGUACGACAACCGCCCCGUCGCGCCCCUCGUGGACUACACCUUCGACCAGUGGUGGUUCCACGGCCAUCUCGACUACCCGCCGAAUGAGGGCGACUACUUCGAGCUCCCUGCCGGGCGUGCCGCCACAACCGAACUCGCGUGCAACAAGGGAAUCACCUCCUACUGGAACUCGUCCGAGGGGCACACCGACAUCCGCCAGGGCAGCAACCCCUGCCCGGGCGACGAAUUCCCCAGCGGAGCGAUGCACACGCUCGGGUUCGACGACCUCAAGGGCUGCGCGCUCGCGAUUGCGUACGAAAGCGACGUGAGCAAGAUACAGCCGGAGGACUUCACCGUCUUCAGCAUCAACCAGACCUGCGUCUGGACGCAGCUCACGGACUUCAGCGUCCCCGCGCGCAUGCCGCCGUGCCCCGAGGGCGGGUGCCACUGCGCGUGGUUUUGGAUCCACUCGGAGAAGAGCGGGGGAGAACAGAACUACAUGACCGGGUUCAAGUGCAAUGUCACCGGCGCAACGUCCGAAGUGGCGCUCGCAAAGCCCCAGGUUCCGCGGCGCUGUGGCGCCGACCCGGAGCACGGCAAGCCGGACGCGGACUUGGGAAACUGUACCUACGGUGCAAAGCAGCCGUUCUACUGGUUCCAGGCGGAACGCAACAACAUGUUCGAGGACACGUACGCGCCGCCGUUCUACCUCGAUCUGUACAACUUCAAAGACGGCGCGCAAGACGACAUCUUCGAGGGUUCGUACGACGAGGUCCCGGUUCCGAGUCCCGACCAGACCGCGAUUCCGACGCCGCGUCAGGCCCAGGCUACCGCGACGUCUGAGGCGCCCUCGACUCCGACAGACCAAACUCCGGUCAGCGUUCCCGGAAGGUGCCCGGUCUGCAAGCUGCACAGUUCUCAGGCAGAUACGAAGCAGUCCCUGCUCACCAUAUUUGGAGUGGACGCUCAGGACAGGAAGCAAAAAGGAUUCAGUCUUUGGCAUCCCUUUUGA